CUUGGGUGAAGCCCCAUUAAAAAAACCAUAUGAUGCCUUGGAUAUUCAGGUAGCAUUAGCUAUAGAAUUUGCUAGUGCUUUACCACAGGAUCGGCUUAAUAAAAUAGAGCCGUUAAAGUAA